ACAGGACCGUGCGAAAUAAAGCCCAAACUCUGUUCAUUUGUACGUAUAGGGAAGAAUCGAUCAACUUAAACAGAGAAGUUUCUAUUAUGGAUCUACAAUUAUCAUUUGCACUUAUAUAACGAGAUUCGGAAAUUCAGAUGUCUUUUUUUAGCGAUGGAUUUAUAAAUGUAUGGACGAAAAAAGGGGAGCUUUAAGUGCACCACGUUAAACGUUAGAAGAAUUACUGUUUUGAUUCUGCUACGUUAACGGGCGCUGUUGAAUCCAAAUCGAGGUUGACUCGCAACGGUGCUUCUUCAGGAAAAAUCUCAUCGGUCCUCCGCAUCCUUGGUAUUGUGUUGGUAAAACUACAGGGGAAAAGGUGCAGCCACGCUGGGGAAAAGCUCCAAGCGACGGCCGCUGCCAUUCUCCGGCUAGCUCGCAAGCAGCUUCUUCUUAUAUCAAGGCCUUGUCGGUGAGGCGACAAUGCUUGACAUAAUGUCUGAGCACCAAGAUUCACUGUUGACGUGCAAAACGGAGCCUCUUCCCCCUGAAAGGAGAAAGAGGACUGUUGAGGACUUCAACAAGUUCUGCAGCUUUGUCCUGGCCUAUGCUGGUUACAUCCCCAGUCCCAAAGAGGAAAGUUCCUGGUCUCCAACUUCAUCCAGCUCUGCACACAGUUCAGGACUGUCAGCAGAUGGAGGUGGUGGGGGCAGCAGCUCCAUGGGUAAUACUUGGGCAGAUGGGAGCUCCGACAUUCACACCAUCCAUACUUUUGUCCGCAAAGCUCGAGCAAAUAAGGGCAAAAAUAUUCGUCGCAUGCACUCUGAUAGCACUCUGCUGGACAAGAUGCGCCUUAAAGACUCGUUGUAUGAAAGCCAUGCCGCCACAAAGGCAGAGCGCAAAAAGGAUAAAAAACUAAAAAAGUUGUCUCUGGGCUCUGCCAUGACGGCAGCGGAUAGCGGCAGCAGCGAAAGCGAGAAAAGAGCCCGCAUCAAACGCAGCAAAAACUCCUCCAAACAGCCAAAAGCUAAGAAGCUCAAGAGUUCAGCUGCCCAAAGCGAGACAGACUCUGAGGCACGGAAUAUACACACAGAGGUGCGUGCUGUCAGAGAGGAGCUGCCGGCGCAUGGGGGCUCCACUUCAAGCAUGAAGACACAGCCAGAUGAAUCCAUCAGAGAAGCAGAUAUGAGUUCCAGUGAGGGUGAAACAUGGAUCGCUGAUGAAGACAUUAUGGUAGAGUCAGGAGAUGAUUCAUGGGACUUGAUCACCUGUUACUGUGGGAAACCAUUCGCGGGGCGGCCGAUGAUUGAGUGCAACCAGUGCAGCAUAUGGGUGCAUUUGUCAUGCGCAAAGAUAAAAAAGUCAAAUGUUCCUGACAUCUUUUACUGCCACAAGUGCAGAGACGUGCGGCGGUCAGGACACAAAAAGGACACCUAGACGUGAAGAGGAUGGAAGGGACAAGGAGCAAGCCCGCCCCCUCCCCCCCUUUUUUUUCUCCCCUUUCUUGCUGUCUUCUGACACGCAACUCACUUAUUCUGAUGCCUACAGCCAAAACAGCCUGAAUUAUCACCUGGAUGGCAACUGUAUCAUUAGUUUGUAGUAGGAUUUUUUUUUUUUUUUUUUUUUUUUUUUUUUGGAGGGUGGGGGGGACAAUCACAACCGUUCUUAUUCUUAUUUAUCCCUCACAUUUUAUUUUUGGUAACUGAAUAACUGGAUGUAAGACAACAGUGAUAGUUGAGAAUCAUUUACUUGCCAUAAAUCCCAACAUUAAUUUUAUGUACAGUGCUAUUUGUGUACACAUAAUUUUUGCAAACUUGUCCUCAUCUUCAUUGUGGAUGUUUUUUUUUUUUGUUGUUGUUUUGUUUUUUUUUUCUCAAGAACUUAAGUAGUUUAAAAGAAUAUGAUUCUCUGUUCAACUUUCUUUUCAGCCUAAAAUUGAUUUAUAAAAUUUAAAAACUGACAAAAGUUAGCUUAUAUUGUAUAUCUGAAGAGAUGAAAGUUGUCAAUCCUUUUAUUUGUUUAUAAUAUGCCAUAAUGAUAGAUGGGGCAGCUCUUUUAAUUUUAUAUAUAUAUAUAAAAUCCCAGGUAAUUUUUAUGUUUUUUCAGUGGCAAUCACUGAAUUUGAAAGUAAAAAGUUCUCACACUGCAAUGAGAGAUAAUCAGAAAUGACCUCCACGUAGUUACAUUUGAAGUUGCAUACAGACAAUUCUUUCAUCGACUCACUUUGAAAAUACAAACCUAAAUUCAGUUUUCUCUACGUGGCUGGAAUUGAAGAAUCUGAGCUGCGGCUGAUGAGCUUGUACCCAGCUGCAUACAUUUAUAACCAAGCAUUUACUGCUUCUGCCUGGCUCCUUAUUCAGUCAUUCAUAGCCAUGUACCAUAAACAUUUCCAUUAAAAGCUAUUUCAUUUUGA